AGGAUGGCCAACUUGAUAAAGCGUGCCCUGAUAGUCAUCCCUCAUGUCUUGUUAAUCUUAGCAACCCCACCCUCAAGAUCUCCUUUGCUUGAAGAAGCUUUAGAUACGUCAAGAUACUUGACAGAUAAGAAUGAUCAAAACAGACACACCUUACAUCUAUCUCAAGUAUAUUCAAACUUUGCACACUCUCAAUCAGAGAAAGGAUCAGGGAUAUCAGACCCAGAACUGGAAAUAUUGGAUGGAAACAGGAGGCUUGAAGGCCUCAAAAGGCCGUGGCUUGUGA